AUUUUCUAGAACCCUAGCACGAUUCCCAAAACCCAAAGCUCCUCCUCCUCAUCCUCUCUUCCAUGGCGAUGGUGUCCGCGCUCCCGCUCCUCCUCGUCCCCCGCCCCAUCGUCUCCCCGAGGCCCGCUGCACCGGGCCGCUUCCUCUCCCUGUUCACCGCCCCUGCCGCCGUCGAGCCCCGGAAGGGCGGCGGCCGCCUCGCGCGGCUCCAGCCGCUCCACGCAGCCUCCUGCUGCAGCUCCGCCCCCGCAGCAGCAUCUGGAGGAGUGGAGGCGGCCCGGGCGAAGGGCUUGCAACUUGUAGCAUGGUACCUUCUGUCUCUUGACAAGCAUCCGGUGGCGACCAAGGCUGUCACUUCUGCUGUGCUGACCCUGGCCGGGGACCUCAUCUGCCAGCUUGUAAUUGAUAAAGUGCCAGAGCUAGACCUGAAGAGAACAUUUGUGUUCACGCUAUUGGGGCUUGUCCUGGUGGGGCCAACGUUGCAUUUCUGGUACUUGUAUUUGAGUAAAUUAGUGACAAUCAGCGGGACAUCCGGUGUCAUUUCUCGCCUGUUACUUGACCAGUUCAUCUUCUCUCCCGUUUUCAUUGGUGUCUUCAUGAGCUUACUCGUAACCUUGGAGGGAAAGCCAUCACUUGUAGUGCCAAAGCUUAAGCAGGAGUGGUUCUCUUCAUUGAUCGCGAAUUGGCAAUUGUGGAUACCGUUCCAGUUUUUGAAUUUCUAUUUUGUCCCACAGAAGCUCCAGGUUCUUGCCGCUAAUUUUGUAGCCCUUGCAUGGAACGUGAUUUUGUCAUAUAAAGCUCAUAAGAAGGUUAUUGCGGAGUAGUCAAAUAGGUGAGAGAGUAGACUAUAAGGCAGGGUACCUGGCCGGUUGCAACAUGCGGAGAUGUAAGGCUGAAAGAAUAAACCUAUUAUCAGUUUAUCCUAGCGUCUUGUCUGUAUUACUCGGCCGAUGGAACACUUGCUUAGUAUUGUAAACUAGUGUCCAUCUUUUUUGUCGAGUGCAGCCUGAGAUGCCGGUUAAACAUGCGUUGUACAAUCUGCAUGUCCGUUUGUGAUGGAAGCUUGUUCCUGGUUUCCGCAGAAUUACAUAAUGUAAUAUUCUGGUGUUCCUAGCAGAUCAAAUUUCAGGCCCCUGGGGUGUUACUGC